AUGAAUCUCUUUGCUAGCAAGGAUGAAGAUUUAUACCGCUAUACUGAUAUUAUGGUGCUGCUCCGGGCUGGUAGCGAUGACCUGACCAUGCAUUGUGGAAGGUUGGCUUACACAGUAUCGUUCCAUGAACACCGACCUGGAGCCAAGAGGGAGAUACCCAUUACGCCACGCCAUCUUUCUCCUUUGGUCCCCCGCAAGGAAGACAAGAUGCAGGCGGAGGCGGGAAGCUCUUAUCUGGCACCUUUACAGUUGUUGGGGGUUCAGCCAGAGAGGACUCAAGGCAGUGCAUCUGAACGACCAUCUCAGCUGUCACCGACUGCAGAAUCCCGUGUUCGUGGGGGGGCCAGGCUGACUAAAGAGAAGAAUAAAGAUGCUUUCAGUGACAAGAGUCCUCACUGUUUCUGCAAAAAUGAUAAAAACCACGAUGCUCGGCUGCGGAUUGAAGCUUUACGCCAGCGUGGGUCCUUGUUGCUGAAGACCAGCGUGAAGACGGGGGAAGCUUUCUUUGCUAUUUACCCCCGCACUAACCAGCCUAGAAUGAAUCUCUUUGCUAGCAAGGAUGAAGAUUUAUACCGCUAUAGUGAUAUUAUGGUGCUGCUCCGGGCUGGUAGCGAUGACCUGACCAUGCAUUGUGGAAGGUUGGCUUACACAGUAUCGUUCCAUGAACACCGACCUGGAGCCAAGAGGGAGAUACCCAUUACGCCACGCCAUCUUUCUCCUUUGGUCCCCCGCAAGGAAGACAAGACGCAGGCGGAGGCGGGAAGCUCUUAUCUGGCACCUUUACAGUUGUUGGGGGUUCAGCCAGAGAGGACUCAAGGCAGUGCAUCUGAACGACCAUCUCAGCUGUCACCGACUGCAGAAUCCCGUGUUCGUGGGCCCCAGCCAAAGACCAUGCCCCACUGGGACGAUUGGGAGAGACCCAAAGACGAAUUCCGACUGAUCCGGAAGUUGGACGCCGGUUACUUUGGAGAAGUCUACGAGGGACUUUGGAAAGAGAAAGUGAAAGUUGCGGUGAAGGUGUUACACAGAGCCGAUCUGACGUGCCAGGACACCUUCAAAAACGAGAUUGAGGCCCUGAGGCUGUUGAAACACAAAAACAUUCUCUCCCUCUACGCCAUCUGCUCUGGCGGGGAUCCAGUCUACAUCAUCACCGAAAUCAUGAGCAAAGGGAACCUGCUCACCUUCCUCAGAGGUCCAGAGGGGCAACAGAUGGAGAUGGCAGAGCUAGUCAGCUUGGCCGCCCAGGUAGCCGAAGGGAUGAGCUACCUGGAAUCGCAGAAUUUCAUCCAUCGGGAUUUGGCUGCCAGGAACGUGCUGGUGGGAGAAAGCAACAUCUGCAAAGUGGGAGAUUUCGGCAUGGCCAGGCUGAUCGAGGAAGAUAUUUAUCUCUCUUACUCACACAGUGUGCCUUACAAAUGGACCGCACCGGAAGCCCUUUCCUGCGGAUGUUACUCCAUCAAAUCUGACGUGUGGUCCUUCGGCAUCCUCCUUUAUGAAGUCAUGACUCGGGGGCAGAACCCGUAUCCAGGCAUGAGUAACUGCGAGGUCUCCACCCAGGUUCAAAAUGGUUUCCAGAUGCACCGCCCGGCCAGGUGCCCCCCUGUCAUGUACUCCACCAUGUGCAAAUGCUGGAACCUGGAUCCCAAUCAAAGGCCGGACUUCCAGAAUAUCAAAGAACUCCUCCGGAAUUUCACCAGCUACGAGAACUUUGAAGCCUUCUCUUAAACUGCCCUUCAAUGAUUGGGGAGAAGUUGUUUCCACGACACACGGUCACCUGCCUAUAAGGGAUAGCGGAGCAGAUCAAGCUGGU